GCCGGGCCAGCCUCGCCUCCCUCCCUCCCUCCUUCCCUCCCUCCCUAUCUUCCAGCACACGCUCCCCGACCGGCAGCUCCGCGCUCUCCGCGCCGGCUCCUCCUCCUCCUCUCCGCGCUUCCAGCAAGAUGACAGCCGGGCGGCAGCAGCGGCGGUGGCGCGGAGAUUCCUCGCACCGGCUGGUGGCUAACCUGCCUCCUUCGUUUUUAGUGCUGAAGCCAGAUUGUUUUAACUAAAGAUGGAAACACUGGAGUCGGAACUGACUUGCCCAAUUUGUUUGGAAUUGUUUGAAGACCCCCUCCUUCUGCCGUGCGCUCAUAGCCUCUGUUCCAGCUGUGCCCACCGCAUCCUGGUCUCCAGCUGCUCCUCCGGAGAGCCUCUUGAGCCCAUCACUGCCUUCCAGUGCCCCACCUGCCGCUAUGUCAUCUCCCUCAACCAUCGGGGCCUGGAGGGCCUCAAGCGCAAUGUGACCUUGCAGAACAUCAUCGACCGCUUCCAGAAGGCCUCCCUGAGUGGGCCGAAUUCCCCCAGCGAGAACUGUCGUGAGCGGCCAUACCGCCACAGCCCAACCAUGUCGGCGGGCGACAGGAUAGCCUGCCAGUUCUGUGAGCAGGACCCCCCGCGUGACGCUGUCAAGACCUGCAUCACCUGCGAGGUGUCCUACUGCGACCGCUGCCUGCGGGCCACACACCCCAACAAGAAGCCGUUCACCAGCCACCGCUUGGUGGAGCCUGUGCCGGACGCCCACUUCCGUGGGCUGACUUGCCUUGAGCAUGAGAACGAGAAAGUGAACAUGUACUGUGUGGCUGAUGACCAGCUCAUCUGUGCCUUAUGCAAACUGGUGGGGCGGCACCGGGAUCACCAGGUGGCAUCCCUGAGUGACCGGUUUGAGAAGCUCAAGCAAACACUGGAGAUGAACCUCACCAACCUCGUUAAACGCAACAGCGAACUAGAAAAUCAGAUGGCCAAACUGAUACAGAUCUGCCAGCAGGUGGAGGUGAACACAGCCAUGCAUGAGGCCAAACUGAUGGAGGAGUGCGACGAGCUAAUGGAGAUCAUCCGUCAGCGCAAGCAAGUGAUCGCUGUCAAGAUCAAAGAGACAAAGGUGAUGAAGCUAAGGAAGCUGGCCCAGCAGGUAGCCAAUUGCCGGCAGUGCCUGGAGCGGUCGACUGUCCUCAUCAACCAGGCUGACCACAUCCUGAAGGAGAAUGACCAUGCACGGUUCCUGCAGACAGCUAAGAACGUGGCAGAGAGGGUCGCCAUGGCAACAGCAUCCUCUCAAGUUUUGAUACCCGAUAUCAAUUUAAAUGAUGCCUUUGAAAACUUUGCUUUAGAUUUUUCCAGAGAGAAGAAACUGCUGGAGGGGCUGGAUUAUCUAACAGCACCCAACCCACCAUCGGUUCGUGAAGAGCUUUGCACUGCCUCUCAUGACACCAUCACUGUCCACUGGAUCUCAGAUGAUGAGUUCAGCGUCAGCUCGUAUGAGCUCCAGUACACCAUCUUCACUGGCCAGGCAAACUUCAUCAGCCUCUACAAUUCUAUGGACAGCUGGAUGAUUGUCCCCAACAUCAAGCAGAAUCACUACACAGUGCAUGGGCUGCAGAGUGGCACGCGAUAUAUCUUCCUCGUCAAGGCGAUAAACCAGGCUGGCAGCCGGAACAGUGAACCCGCCAGGCUCAAGACAAACAGCCAGCCCUUCAAACUGGACCCCAAAAUGGCACACAAGAAGCUGAAGAUCUCCAACGAUGGGCUCCAAAUGGAGAAGGAUGAGAGCUCCCUGAAAAAAAGCCACACCCCUGAGAGGUUCAGCGGGACAGGAUGCUAUGGUGCCGCAGGCAACAUUUUCAUUGACAGCGGCUGCCAUUACUGGGAGGUGACAGUCGGCUCCUCCACCUGGUAUGCAAUUGGCAUCGCCUAUAAAUCGGCCCCCAAGAAUGAGUGGAUUGGCAAGAACUCCUCCUCCUGGGUCUUCUCCCGCUGCAACAACAAUUUUGUGGUGCGGCACAACAACAAGGAGAUGCUGGUGGACGUUCACCCGCAGAUGAAGCGCCUGGGCAUCCUCCUGGACUAUGACAACAAUGUGCUGUCCUUCUAUGACCCGGCCAACUCUCUCCACCUGCACACCUUCGAGAUAUCUUUCAUCCUGCCGGUCUGCCCCACCUUCACGAUUUGGAACAAAUCUUUAAUGGUCAUAUCGGGUCUGCCCGCUCCAGACUUCAUAGACUACCCUGGGCAGCAAGAAUGCAACUGCCGACCCCAAGAGUCCCCAUACGUAUCAGGGAUGAAAACCUGCCAUUGAGGAGUCAGAAUGGCCCUUCCCUUCCAGCCCCAUGCCUCAGGAACUUCUGUGCAACUAGGCUGGAAGGUGGGCUUCUGCUUCCUGUCGUGGUGAGCAGCACCUUGCCACACUGGGCUAGCUUAUAUCCUAAGGAAAACCCACCUCUGUGGCACACCCUCUUGGAGGAGUGUGGGUGGUGUUUCGUGGACUGGAUUUUGUUUUUGUUUUUAUUUGGUAGCACUACUGAAUUUUCUCCGAUGGGAGUUGGCAUGCCUUGUUCAUUUCUGGUGGGGAAAAGGGUGUCAUGGCAGGGCUUUGGGUGGGUCGGUCCCUUCUUGGUUACCAGGAAGUUGAAAAGCAAGACACUUCCCCCCCCCUUUUUUUUUCUUUUUGCUUCUGUGUGGAAAGAGCGUUCUUGGAACACCUAGUAGUUCCCAGCCCGCCAUUUUAAGAGGGUGCCAAACAGAAUUGGAACCCAAGCUGUUACCUAGAAAAGACAAGACUGUCACACAUAUUUAGAAUCACAGGUAUCCGUCUUAGAGAUGGGUCGUUUUGCCCACCUGCAGGUGUUGCCUCCAUGCGUUUGGACUGUGUGGAGGAGGAAAUGGGACCACAGCUGAUAUACCCACUCACAAUACUAUAUACCUGAGCCUGGGAACUCAGCACAUGGUCUGCAAAGGGGGAGCCUUCACGUGAAUGGGCAUAGGCCUUCUACGCCAUUGGAGCUCUGAUCACAUGAGGACCUACACAAGUGUUGCUGUGUUGGCUCCUCUUCUCAGGCAUUGCAUUGAGCAUGCAUAGGGCAAGCAGCUCCCUGGGGUGCCCCAUUUCAGGGCUGGAACCAACAAGCAAAGUCCUACAUAUAAUCCUCCACACAUCACCCAGUCAUCUGAAAGAGCUCUGUACUGAGGAUAAGAAUCCUGUGGCUCUGCAGAAGUUGCUGGAUGACAACUCACAACAUCCCUCCCCAUGGGCCAUGCUGGCCGGGGCUGAUGGGAGCUGGGAUCCAACUACUUCUGCAAGGCCACAGUUUCCUCUUCACUGUGAUAAAAGACAUGGAGGCAACAUCUGCGGAGGAUUAUUGUAUAAACAGAAUGCGUACAUGCUGGAAAGUCUUGGCGAGUCGCAGCAAUUCCAUGCAUGUUCACCCCGAGUUGGCUCUGGUGAUCCCAUGUGGCAUUUUACUGGCAGAUUUAUUUUGUUCCCUGAGCAGAAGUGCCUUUCAUGUAAGGGUUUUGUGAACGUAUGAAACAGUCCAUAGUAUCACAAGGAAUAUGCUACGUUCAGAAAAGGGGUGGCACAGUCCACAAAGCCUGAAAGACCAUGGCAACUGUGCCAUAUGUGGCUUCUGAGAUGCAGUGGUGCCUCCCUUUGCUCCCUGGACAACAGGGACUAUUUCAAGUCUCUGUCUGAGUUGGGUUUGGCAGGAGCUUCCUCACAGGGAAAGGGGAUGGUUGUUUUAAAAAACCCAAUCACAUUUAAAACAUAAGAAGGAAAUUUUAGCGCACAAUCUAGUCCAGCAGUUUACUUGUUAACAUGGGAUCCCAACUGGUAGAGGCCUAAAGCAACCAUCCAUUCUCUGUGUUUUUCGCUUUUGACUAAUCUCUUGACUCAGGCCAUUUAACCUGAGGUCUCUCCACAGAGAAAAACCUGUGGUGUUGUGGUUCCCUGGAAGAAUGCAGGCUUGCUGCUUCUUUGUCCAGUGGCUCCUGCUUCUUUCAAGACCACAUCCUGUGUGUAGCAAAUGUCAUCAUUGGCUUUCAGUCUGCAAAGAGUAUCCUUUGCAGGGAACAGAGGAGCUGAGAAGCCUUUAGAGCACAGCCAGGAGCCCCUCCUUGUUUCCAGAAACGUUGUGCCAGAUGACACAGGAACCCAAAGAAGGGGCUUUGCGUGGGAAUUCUAGGCAAAAGCACUGGAUGGAGCAGAGUGAAAGGCAUUCCCCCUUUGCCCAGCGUAAGUGGAGGGAAGAUGGCACUGUUUGUGCUUUCUUUUUGGGAGUGGCUGGUGUUGGUUCUGUGGCCUGUAGCAGUAGAAGAAAGCUAACAAAUCCUAGGAGUGGAGUGUAUAGGCUCAACUCCUGUCAGUUUCAGACCCUGCGCCCAGCAAGUGAGUGGCAUUCCUCUCUGUGAAAUCGGUAACUGUAAGAUGGUGGCAACAGCGCUUAGAUGGCCUUAAAGUGGGCUUAGGUAAAUUUAGUUUUUGUUGCCCCAAGGCUACUGGCAGGAUCCCGAGGCACACUCUUGUGCUUGCUGCUGAAUUUAUCUGCCAGAUUAACAAGGCAUGGCUGCCUUCCAAGUCUUUCUUUGAAUUUUUGAAUUGUAUUAUUGAUAUGGGUCUCAGCUUUAAAAACAGAGGUGUGUUUUUUUGUUUUGUUUUUUGUUUUGCUUACGCCAGAAAGGAAACCUAGAGCAUUGGUCUUCAGCUGGCGGGUUGAGAUUCCCUUUUGUAUCUGAUCUAAGAUGGGUCACAACAGCAGCACUACUACCAUGAAAAUAAAUUACAGUAUAUAUAGA